UUGGCCUGUCUGUCAAGUCAAAUUUAACAAUUCCCAUAAUAUUGAAAACUGAAAUGUACACAUUCAUCAAAUGCACAUAUAAACUUGAAUUAAAACAAUUUACUCUGUGUUUGAUAUGUGUUUAUUAACGAAUGUGUGACGUUUAUUUUAAAAAUUAAUUAAGCUGUUAAAAUAUGCAGUGAUUUUCUAAAUGCAAUGAAUUGUCACCUACUUCAGUUCUAUUGUAAAUAACAUUUUUUCAACAAUAAGUUACUGUAAUAUGGUGUUUGUUAGUUUGCAUGGAUGUUAUACAUAAUUAUUUAAAUUCAUAUAUAUUUAUACUAAAUGUAUAAUGAACAGCAUGGCCAAGUGUAGGCUCUUCUCCUACAAUGGCUUCCUCAUCUCAUUCUGUGAACAUGGAUUUUGACCAUUCUUGGCAAGAUAACACUGAGUGUUUGAAUCUGGAAUUUGGGCCAUUUGAAACUGUUCACAGAUGGAAACGUAUGCCAGAAUGUGAUGAGUUUGUGGGAGCUAGACGCAGCAAACACACUGUAGUGGCGUAUAAGGAAGCAAUUUACGUGUUUGGAGGCGAUAAUGGGAAAACAAUGUUGAAUGAUCUGCUUCGAUUUGAUGUCAAGGAGAAGUCUUGGGGAAGAGCCUUUGCCACGGGAGCCCCUCCAGCUCCCAGGUACCAUCACUCAGCUGUGGUGUACGACUCAUCAAUGUUUGUGUUUGGAGGUUAUACUGGUGAUAUUCAUUCUAACUCAAAUCUUACAAACAAGAAUGAUUUGUUUGAGUAUAAAUUUCAAACUGGUCAGUGGAUCGAAUGGAAGUUUGUUGGCAGGACCCCUGUGCCCCGGUCCGCGCACGGUGCAGCUGUAUACGACAAUAAACUGUGGAUAUUUGCCGGUUACGAUGGCAACGCCAGACUCAACGAUAUGUGGACAAUAUCAUUGCAGCCUGGUGACCCUAAACAGUGGGAUGAGAUUGUGCAAGCAGGGGACUGUCCUCCCACGUGCUGUAACUUCCCUGUCGCCGUCGCUCGAGAAUCCAUGUUCGUCUUUAGUGGGCAGAGUGGAGCCAAAAUAACAAACAGCCUCUUUCAAUUUCACUUUGAAGACCUGAGGUGGACUCGGAUAUCAACAGAACAUAUUCUACGCGGCGCCCCACCACCACCCACCCGCCGCUAUGGCCACACAAUGGUGGGGUUUGAUCGUCACCUUUAUGUGUUUGGUGGGGCGGCCGAUUCCACUUUGCCCAAUGACCUGCACUGCUAUGACUUGGACACACAGACUUGGGCUGUCAUCACACUAGCCCGCGACUCCAAGGUGCCCUCCGGCCGUCUGUUCCACGCAUGUGCUGUCGUUGGUGAUGCCAUGUAUGUGUUCGGGGGCACUGUGGAUAACAAUGUGCGCAGCGGAGAGAUGUAUCGCUUCCAGUUUUCCUGCUAUCCUAAAUGCACACUUCAUGAGGACUUUGGAAAAUUCUUGGAGUCAAGGCAGUUCUGUGACGUUGAGUUCUUGCUGGGUCCUGAUGAGGAGAAGAUACCAGCUCACAUUGCCAUUGUUGCAGCCCGCUCACAAUGGCUGCGGCACCGAAUACAGCAGGCACGAGAGACCAGGGACAAGCACCUAGAGAAGUUAUUUGGUACAACACAAGUUCCAUUCAAGGACAUACCUUUGCUGGAAGUGAAGCUUAAAGAUGCUGUCCCAGAAGCUUUUGACAUGGUACUCAACUAUAUCUACACAGACCGAAUUGACCCUACUAAAAAGAUAGAAGAUCUAGCCUCACAUCGUAUUGUGCUUCUGAUGAUGGACGUUUACAGACUUGCUUUACAGUUCCAUAUGCGGCGGUUGGAGCAGCUAUGUGUCCAGUAUCUGGAGGCAUCUAUAAAUCAUCGCAAUGUGUUGGAGGCACUCCACAAUGCAACCACUCUCAAGCUUUACUACAUCAAGGAGUUCUGUCUCAAGUUCAUUGUGAAGGAGACAAACUACAACCAGAUAAUAAUGAGCAAGGACUUUGAGAAUCUGGACAAAUGCCUGAUGGUAGAAGUGAUAAGGAGGCAAAGGAUGCCACACAUUAGGUCCCUACUUGAGCCUCAGUUUGAUAACACAGGUACCAACUUGGAGCAGGAUAUGGAGUGUUUCCUCAAGUACGCUGGGAAGGAGUUCUGUGAUAUCACCUUGAUGCUGGAUGGAGAAGCAGUUCCCGCUCACAAGUCUAUUCUUGCAGCUCGCUGCAGCUAUUUUGAAGCCAUGUUCCGUUCUUUCAUGCCUGCAGACAACAUUGUGCACAUACAAAUCGGUGAAAUGGUGCCAUCACGACAAUCUUUUGAUUCACUGCUCAGAUACAUUUACUAUGCUGAUGUGAACAUGCCUCCUGAAGAUUCCUUGUAUCUGUUCAGUGCUCCAUAUUUCUACGGUUUCACCAACAAUAGGCUACAGGCAUUUUGUAAACAAAAUCUUGAAAUGAAUGUGACAUUCGAAAACGUAAUACAAAUUCUAGAAGCAGCUGACCGGAUGCAGGCUUCUGAUAUGAAGAAAUAUUCCUUAAACUUAAUUGUACAUCACUUUCCAAAGGUUGCUCGGUUGCCAAAGAUGCGUCUACUCAGUCGAGAACUUCUCCUUGACAUCGUGACUGCUCUCGCUGAUGACAUGAGUGCAGCGGUGACAUGUAAUGACAAGAUCUGCCAGGACACGUCAAGCAUCAGUCUGAGCAGCGAGACCUACUGACCUCUCAGCUCUAGGUCUCAGAAAACCUUAAAGAAACGUUCUUCAGUGUUGUAAGCUUCAAAUUGAGUUCCCUGGACAACUUAGAGCACUUACGUCUCAAACUGACCAAAUAGAAUUUACUGAUUUUACGAUUCACUUAUGUAGAAGUCUUCAAGGAUGUCUUCAGGUGGUGAUCACAGGUGUCCGGUGACCUAACGGAUUUAAUAAACACAUACACUCAGUCUCUAAGACGCUUUUGUGAUAUGAAACGUGCGUUCCAUGCGACUUGAUCUAGCCUAUUUCAAAGUUUAUGAUACAAAGAAAUUUGUAAGAAAGCUCUCCUGUAAUGUUGUGAUGUACCGGUGCUAACACUCUUAUCACAUACCGUGUAUUCUUCAUGACUAUGUCGGUCUGAUUUAUUACCAGCACUGUUACUCAUGUAAUGUUGUAAUUUCAUGUAGAGUUUAUCGCUCUAGGACGUACAAAAUGUAAAUGUUUAGUGAUCAACGCACUGUUCUGUAUCCAUCGUUUAACUAAUAUACUGAGCAAGGUUAUAGUGACCUUACAAGGAACAUUCUUGAUGUUGUGAUAACACUUGUGUGGCGCUACAGCAACCUGAUCCAAUCCAAACAUUUUAUACCUCAGGGUCUUACUAAGCUAUAAAAAUACUCUUUAUAAAUGUUACUUAAGACAAGUGUUAAAUGUAUCUGUUAGGUGGUGUAGUUCCUUUGUAUUUACUAUUAGUUGUACGACAGUACUGUAGGAUCUAAAUUGAUAUUUAAAGAAAACAUUGCCAGUCAUUUUGUUUAUUGUUGAAUAAAACGCAAGAAAUUGUUGAAGAACUAUAAUAAAACAUCUAACUUUUAACAUCAGAGUUUUUAUAGAGUAGGAAGGGCAGGCUUACCUUUACCGGAUAGAUAGGAUAUUCUUCAUCUUCACAGAGACAGUAAAAGGACACCCCAAAGUGGCUGAAAAUUAAUUCCUGACUCUAUAAACUUGACUAUUCUAUCCGGAGUUUUGCAUUAUUCCAAAACUCCCCCCUUAUCAAAUGAAACAUUUUAUGUAUCUCAUAAUCUAUGUAUGACACACCAUCAAACCUUUGUCUUAUUGCUGAUAAGCUUUUUCCGCAGCAAUAAGGUUGAUCGUUAGCAUAUUGGAAGGAUAUUUCUCUUCUUUUUCACAAACACAUAUUAAAGGAAAUCCUGAUAUUAUACAGAAUCUGAACUUGCAAGUUUUGGGUUUUCUUAUCUCUAAAUGUGAUCUGAUGAAGCAAUAGGUAUAGCAAUUCAUAGCAUCUUCUAUAUGAUUGCUCUGGAUCUCUUAAACAUGCCAGCUAAAGAUUUGGGUUGCCUGUACAACGUUAAUUCUUAGCCCCAUGUCAUCUCUGAUACUCCAAGUUAUGAGCUGAUAUUGUCUGCAGUUUCUUAUAGCGGAACAUGUUCUCCACCUUAAUAUGCUUUCGUUCAAUUCUCACAGAUUCUCCUCCAGUUCCUGUUGUCUGUUCUGCAGCUACGAAAUGUAACAGCUGUGGAUGGAUAUAACUCACUUACUUGUUUUACCAGCUACGUUUUUCUCAGGAUUUAUCACAGUCUCCAGCCUUUGUAUUUCUUCCUCCAAAGCUCUUCUAUCUUCUGUGGUCUCUUCUUUUCUGUCUUAAGCACAUUUCUAAUGCUAUGGCCAUCUGUGUUUGUCACACCAGCAAACUUUUUUUGUCAUUGCUGACAAGUUUUCUCCACAAAGUUUUCUUUACCAGCUUUUAAAUUUUAAAUAUGUUUUUAAGCCUACUUUGUCCAUCCUACCUAAACUCUGAUGUUAAAACUAGUUUUUUUUUUUGCCUUCUGUAAUAAAAAAACUUGAAACUUAUUCUCGCCCUUCAAACCUCUUAUCAAUUCUCUACAAUUAAUUCUGAAUGUUCCAAAAUCAAUCCAUAAAAAUUUUGGCUCAAACAACUGAAGAACUAUACUUUCAUUAGCCAAAAUUAAUUCUUAUGUCCUUUACCUAGAAAUCUGCCUCAAAUCCAUCACCCACUGGUAUAACUCAAAAACCUCCUCUAACCAGCAUACCGAAAUUUGCUCAAUCGAUCAAGAGCUUCAUAAUUACAAAACCGUCAUUGUCAAACUUGGAUACCCGAAGUUCAUGGUUGACAACAAAAUCUGGUUAGCUCAGGUAUCCCGAACUCACAAAAAACAAGGUAGAACGACACAUAUCACAAUGAACUACAAUCUUUAAAUAUAAUUCUCAAAGAAUGCUAAAAGCCCUUCAAGCUUCUCUCUUCAUCAAGGCCUCUUACAAUCUCCUCUAUCUACAGUGUUCAGACAACCAGCCAGCUUAAAAACCAUACCUGUCUAUAAAAAAUUUCCAAAUCACAACACUACACAGUCCACGUCAAAAAGUGGCCCUUAUACAUGUGGACACAAGAAGUGUAGAACUUCUGUAAUGCAUGUGCCUACAAAUCAGUUCAAUAGGUCUGUCACAAAAGCUGUGCACCAAUUUAAAGUGCACAUACUAGUGCUACUGGAAAUGUCAUUUACUGAUUUCGCUAACAGCCUAAAGCUUACGCACCCACAUGAAUUACUACCGACAAAAUGUUGAAAACAAAUUCAAAGACGGAUAUGUCACCCAAUACUGUGCCAGCUACCAUAUCACUUUCUUCAACGACUGUUUUACAACCAAAAUAAUAAAGAUUCUUCCCAAUCAAACCUAACUGAGGAGAUGGGAAUUAGCCUACCAGUGGGUAACCAAAUAAAGAACCACCUAAUCUAAACAUAAGGUAUUUCCUUGCUUAACUCCCUCCUUUCCUUUUCUCAGGCUUACUAAAGAACUGAAAACAUGAACUGUGUAGAUAUAGUUUUAUGUGCUAACAUAGUGUGUAUAAUAGACUUUGUCAAAGUGCAACCACAUUGUUUUUGCAAUUUGGCAAAACUGUAUACUUUAAACAUAACCUCUCUGUUGUUGACAUUGGCCCAUUGGCAUGAAAUAUACAAUUUUUAUGUGUUUUUAAUGUCUCUCUGAAGAAGAAGAGAAAUAUACUUUCAAUAUGCUCUAGAGGGAAAUGAGUGCAGCCAAUAAGAAACUGCAUGCAUUAUUGUUACAUUUUGUACCUGCAGGAACUGGAAGAAAAUCUCUGAGAACUGAACGAAAACAAAUUAAGGUGGAGAGCGUGUUCCACAAUAAGAAACUGCAGACAUUAUUAGCCCAGUGUUUUCGUGUUCUCAAUCAGCUUACAAUAGGCAAUUGAAGAAUAGAGACCAAUUUCAUUGUAUAAUUUACAGACCAAUCAUAUUGGUGAUCGACUGUGAAUAAGAUGUGGCCAAGUUGUUUAUUACAUCCCUAAGAAACUCGACAGCAUUUUUAUGAGAAGAUAAAGAUCACUUGAACUUUCAGGGAUGAAUAUGGGACUAAGAAUUAACGUCGUACAGGCAACCCAAACCUUCAGCAGGCAUGUUUGAGAGAUCCAGAGCCCAGUGUUUUCGUGUUCUCAAUCAGCUUACAAUUGGCAACUGAAGAAUAGAGACCAAUUUCAUUGUAUAAUUUACAGACCAAUCAUAUUGGUGAUCGACUGUGAAUAAGAUGUGGCCAAGUUGUUUAUUACAUCCCUAAGAAACUCGACAGCAUUUUUAUGAGAAGAUAAAGAUCACUUGAACUUUCAGGGAUGAUAUGGGACUUAGAAUUAACGUGGUACAGACAACUCAAAACUUCAGCAGGCAUGAUUGAGAGAAAUUUCAGCCUGACUAACCGAUCCAGGGCCUAAAACAAUUUUGUUUUUGGAGCUAUAUCAUUCAAUGAGGUAAAAGAUCAUGGCCCUGUAUUGAAUUACCUUUGCCAUAGUUAUGACCUCCAUGCCAGUUAUGAAUAAGAAAACGAACAACUUGUGGGUUCAAAUCCCAAAUGAUAUUAGAAAUUACUCUUCAGCCCAUUUUGUGUGCCCUUCUUAAUGUGUCCUGAAGAAGAAAAAAAGAAUCCAUCCAAAGUAGUAAAAAUCAACCUUGCUACUGAGAAAACAUACCAGCAAUUUUAAGAAAGUUUGAUGGUGUAUCGAACACAGAUGACUAUACGUAGCAUUAGAAAUGUGCUUCAAAGAAAGAUGGAGAAAGAAAAUACGAGAGCAUAGAAGCUCUGAAGGAGGAAAUAUGCUGGAGACUGUGUUCAAUCCUGGAAAUGAAGUGCAGCUGAAGAACAAGUGAGUAAAAGUAAUACAUAUCAGCUUACAAUAAGCAAUAGAAGAAUAGAGACCAAUUUCAUUGUAACAUUUACAGGCCUAUCGUGUUGGAGAUAAUUCUGGAGAAAAUGUUGCCAAGUGAAGUUUAUUACACCCCUAAGAGACAUGACAGCUUUUCUGUGUGAAAAUAAAGAUUACUUAAACUUUGAGGGAUGAUAUGAGACUUUGCAUCAACGUGGUACAGUCUAGAGAAAACUUCAGAAGGCCUGACUACCGACCUAGAGCCUCAAACAAUUUUGUAUUUGGAGCUAUAUCAAUGGUCAGAUAGAAGAUGCCGUACCUAAGGCCUCCAUCAGAUCCAGUUGGAAAUAAGAAAACUUGUAGGUUCAGAUCCCGGAUAAUAUCAGGAUCAACUACUUUUGAGCCUAUUUUGUGUGUCCUUUUUAGUGUCUCAGAGAAGAAGAAGGAAAUACUCUUCGAGUGUGGUAGAGAUAAGCUCUUCCUAUCCUAUUAAAACUCUAAUGUCAAAACCCAGCUUUUUGCCCUCUAUAAUCAUAAGAAUAUUGAAAUUGUAAGUUUUGUGAUAUUAUAUUAUAGUUAUUAAUUUUAAGAUAUUAGGGAAGCAGUUACUAAUUAUAUUACUAUUGGACUUGAUUUGUUAAACAUUUUUUAAUAAAUUAACAAAGAUUUUGUGUUACAGUAGGAUUACAUGUAUAUAAAACAGAAUUUUAUUGAAUUUAAUAUAAUAAAUAUUUGAAAUUUGUAAUGGAUAAUGUAAACAGGUGUACAGCGUGUGAUAUUUUUCGUCAAAAUGUAUUAGUUGUUAUUAAUUUGAAAAAUUGUCUAAAAGUUUCAUGUAUCGAUAUUGGUUGUUUAUGAUUAGUGAUGCAUGAUUGCAAGAUGUUGAAGUAUUCAAGAUGUUAUAAUUUUGGAAUGAAUUCAUUAAUUUUGCUCGCCAAGCUGCGGGUAAGAAAUCACAAUUAAAAACCCACUUCACUUUUAGAAAGAACAUUAUUCUAACUUCAGAGAUUCAUACACAUUAUAAGAAUAAUCUUUCAAUUUUAUUCCAGCUACUGUACUUCCAUACCAGCAAAGUGAAUCUUCAUUUCCUGGCUGAAUUACACGGGAAAAACAUAAUAUAAU